UUAUUAUUAUUAUUAUUUGUACAUUAAAAAUUUAACGUAAUUGUAAAUAAAAGAAUUUCUACAAAAAAGUAAACAGUACAAGAAUAAUUUCAAUUAUGAAUCCAAAUGCUUUUGGACCGCCAUCAGUGCAGCAGCAGCAACAACAACAGCAGCAAUAUCCACCAAACUGGCAGCCCCAACAACAACCACCACCAGCACAAAUAGGAUUGCCUCCUAGUGCGGCUCCUCCAACAACAAUGCAAGCAAUUAAUCCUGGUAUACCACCGCCGACAAUAUCACAACCGCAAGGCGGCAUGCUCAAUGGAAAUUAUCAACAGCAGCUAUCCACAUCCAUGGGUGGACUAACAGUGAACCCAUUAAAACAACAGCAACAAUUAAUUUCAUCACCAGGGAACGUAUCUUUCUCAAAUGCCAAUCCAAUUACUUCACCACAAAUACAAAGCGGGCCACCACUGACACAAACAAAUACACAAUUACCAAACGGUCCGCCGGCACAACAACAACAACAUUUUCCUCCAAAUCUGCAGCCACCUCAACAACCGCAGCAGCAAAUGCAACCAACAGUUUUGUCGGGUCCACCAAGUAAUAAUAAUAAUUAUGGCGCAGCUGCAUUUGCUAACGGUCAAAAUAUAAAAUCACCAACUCCAUCCAUGUAUCCUCCAACGCAAAUAGGAGGACCACAAAUAGGAACACCGGCAAUAGGGCAAGCAAUACCAGGUGGUCCAAAUCAAAUGACCAUAAAUAGCGCAAACUUGCCGGGUUUGCCUCAUAUGCCGCCACCAAAACCAACGGCAUCACCUUUUAUGGCGCCAUCGCCAGGACCACCACCUGUUAAUAAUGCAACUAGUCCACUUCCACCAGGUGGACCGCAACAACCAUAUGCUCCCCAACAGAUGCUAGCACGUCCUGGACCAAUGCCAACAAAUCCACAAACGCAGCAACUACCACCAGCUAUGAUGUCAGCACCUCCUAGUUCUAUGGGCGGCCCACCAAGUAUGUCUGGUCCAACCUUAACUAAUUCUGCAAUGUCUGGUCCAAAUAUGUCUGGAAUAUCACAAUUGCCAAGGAUGCCACCUAUGCCUGGUCAGCCACCCAAUGCUAUGCCCGGUUAUUUACCUCAACAACCGGUUGGUUUUCCACCACAACCAGCUGGUUAUCCCCCUCAACAGCCUAUGGGUUAUCCACCACAGCAACCUGGUGUUUUUCCACCACAACAACCAGGUGGUUAUCCAAAUCAAAUGUUGCCUCCGCAACCAGGCUUUAAUCAGCCACCUGGACCAGCUGGUCAAUAUCAACCACAGCCUACACCACAAGUUCAACGACGACUUGAUCCUGAUCAAAUGCCAAAUCCUAUACAAGUUAUGACUGAAAAUCAGCGCAUUGCUGGUGGAGCUUUUGUAACAAAUCAACCCGGUUUAUUGCCACCAUUAGUAACAACGCAAUAUCUUGUACAAGAUCAAGGCAAUUCUUCCCCACGUUUUUUGAGAUCCUCCAUGUACUCUGUCCCCGCCACUGCUGAUACGCUCAAAACAACAGCGCUACCUUUUACUCUUAUUGUUUCACCAUAUGCACAUGUGAAUGAAGGAGAAUAUGAGCCACCUAUAGUAGACUGUGGUUCAUUGGGUCCAAUACGAUGUAAUCGCUGCAAAGCUUACAUGUCACCAAAUAUGCAGUUCUUGGACGGUGGUCGCAGAUUCCAAUGCCUUAUGUGCAAAGUAACCACAGAAGUUCCUACGGAGUAUUUUGCGCAUUUGGAUCAUACUGGUCAACGAGUAGAUAAAUACGAACGAUACGAAUUGGUUUUAGGUUCAUAUGAAUUCCUGGCUACUAGGGAUUAUUGUCGAAAUAAUACUCCACCAGAAAUACCUGCAUUUAUAUUUGUAAUUGAUGUCUCCUAUAAUACAAUAAAAUCGGGUCUGGUGCAUCUACUUUGCUCUCAAAUUAAGCAAAUUCUUAAACAUUUGCCGGUUGAUCAGGGUCAAGAUAAAUCAUUGAUGCGUGUUGGUUUUAUCACUUACAAUAGCACUGUACAUUUUUAUAAUAUCAAGAGCACCUUAGCGCAGCCACAAAUGUUGGUUGUUGGUGAUGUACAGGAUAUGUUCAUGCCACUACUUGAUGGUUUUCUAUGUCAUCCAGAAGAGUCUGAAGCAAUAAUUGAUGCUUUAAUGGACCAAAUUCCCAAAAUGUUUAUUGAUACAAAAGAAACUGAAACGAUACUAUAUCCUGCUAUACAAGCAGGCUUAGAAGCACUAAAAGCUUCCAAUUGUGCUGGCAAACUUUUAGUAUUUAAUUCAUCUUUACCAAUUGCUGAAGCACCAGGCAAAUUAAAGAAUCGUGAUGAUCGCAAAUUGCUUGGCACCGAUAAAGAGAAAACUGUUUUAACACCACAAUGUCAAUCAUAUAAUAAUUUGGGACAAGAAUGUGUACAACAUGGUUGUUCCGUCGAUUUAUUUUUAUUUAAUAAUUCAUAUAUAGAUAUAGCUACGAUUGGUCAAGUUUCGCGUUUGACUGGUGGUGAAGUCUAUAAAUAUACAUACUUCCAAGCUGAAAAUGAUGAUAAACGUUUAAUUGAAGAUAUAAUUAAAAAUAUUUCGCGUCCAAUUGCUUUUGAUGCAGUUAUGCGAGUACGUACUUCUGCUGGUAUUCGACCUACAGACUUUUAUGGACAUUUCUUUAUGACAAAUACGACAGAUGUGGAACUAGCGAGUAUAGAUGCUUCAAAAUCGAUAGCCAUUGAAAUCAAGCACGAUGACAAACUGCCUCCGGAGGAAAAUGUUUAUCUACAAAUUGCACUUUUAUAUACAUCAUGUAGCGGACAACGACGAUUACGGAUACUUAAUUUGGCUUUGCUAGCGACAACAACACUUGCUGAUAUUUUCAAGAGUUGCGAUUUGGAUGCGAUUAUGUUGUUCUUUGCCAAACAAGCUUGUGUCAAAUUAUAUGAAUUAACACCGAAAGUUGUUAAAGAAAAUCUUAUAAAUCGAUCGGCGCAAAUAUUAGCUUGCUAUCGUAAGCACUGUACCUCACCAACGUCUGCAGGUCAAUUAAUAUUGCCCGAAUGUUUGAAAUUGUUACCCUUAUAUGUUUCAUGUCUGUUGAAAAAUGAUGCUAUAUCUGGUGGUUCCGAUAUGACGCUCGACGAUCGUUCUUAUGUUAUGCAAUUUGUACUCGCCAUGGACUUGAAUAUGUCCGUGACUUAUUUAUAUCCACGCUUCAUUCCAAUUCACAAUGUGGAGUCCGACGAAAACGGUAUACCGAUGUCAAUUCGUUGCACACAUGAAAAAAUGGCACAAGAUGGUGCCUACAUAUUAGAGAACGGUGUAUAUCUGUUCAUAUGGCUGGGACAAUCAUUACCGCAAUCCUUUAUACAGCCAUUAUUCGGUGUGCAAUGUACGCAACAAGUAAAUGCGGAACGCUUUGCUAUCACUGGUGACACACCAUUAGCUGGACGAGUGCGAGACAUUAUUGAGAUGAUCAUGGCCGAACGCAGCAGAUAUAUGAGGGUGACGUGUGUAAGGCAGAAUGAUAAACUAGAAAGUGUUUUUAGACAUUAUCUUAUUGAGGAUCGUGGUACUGAUGGCUCUGCGAGUUAUUUAGACUUUUUAUGUCACAUGCAUAAGGAGAUUAAGGACUUAGUAAGUUAGCCCGUAGGUCACAAAACUGCUACAACCGUUGCAAGUCGCAGUUAUUCACAGAAUCGCGCACGCUUGUAUCGGCUGACGAGAAGAAGAUUGUGAAUAUCACAACAAUAAACCAUAAA